AUGAGCCAAACCGGUCGACAGUUAUCCUGCAGCUCAGUUUGGCCCCGGGUUAAGAAAAUAAAGGCAAGCGACGCAGGGAACGGUGUCGGAAUGGCGCAAAGAAGCGGAGAAAGCUGCGCAGGAAGCGGCAGGUUUGAGGAAUCCGAUAAUAACGCCAGGAGCUGCGGCUCUAUGUGCGUUAAUCCGCCCGCCCGCGACAUGGAGACGCGCUGCUGUCAGACAGCUGCUGCUCCUCAGGAGGAGUUGUUGAACGCUGACAGCCGCUCCUUUUCUGCGUGCGCCACAAUCUCAGAGACAGCCAGAGAGCUGUGCAGAGCUGUGUCCGUGUCUUUGGGUCUCGCCAUGGAGUCCAGUGACAUGAGCGACAUGGACGCCGCUCUCCCCCCAUGUGCGCCAAAUGACCAAAUCAGCGGAGAGUAUUUCUUCGGGGUGGACGCCGCGGCUCUGAGCUGCCCCAAAGUCCAGAGCCAGAUCACUUACAGGUGUCCCGACCGGGAUGAGCGACCGCUUCACGGCCACAAACCAGCCGCAAAGAUGUUUAAAAGUUCAGAGACGCCUGCGCAUUUUCCUCACCUCGCCGGCCGGACGCAUGCGAACGCGCAAAACUUCACACCGUGCGAGGCUGAUGCUACGGAUCACCUGACGGCCAGCCGCACCGUCGCCUGCCCUUACGCCCAAGACCACUUAGCGCAGUACAGCCAGGAGCGGCACGGCAGGUCCGCUUACAACCCGCAGGAAGGAGCGCAGGACUUCGGGGAGGCUGCGGAGAGCGAGCCCGGCGGAUAUCACCCGGAGCAGUACAGCGUUAAAAUCAAGUCAGAGGGAAAUGAAGGCUGGGGGUCGUUCUGGGGCGGCGGGUACACCUUUAACAAGAGGUACAACACGCACCUGUGGGGGUCCCGGCAGUGCAUGAACGCAUACGAGUCUGGAGCGAACGCGGCGUUCAUCUGCAGCCCGUACGAGGCGAGCGUGGUGCGUCCGGAGCAGUGGUACCCCGGCGGCAUGCUGAAGACCCCCUAUCCCAACACCGGGGAAAUGAAGAGUCAAGUCGGUGAAUGGCUGGAUGUAGUCUACAACGACACCAGGUUUGAGGCUGGCAGAGAGCACAUGUUCCCCAUGGAGUUCUUCUUCCCGCCUCAGAGAACGUGUCUGAUUUGCUCCGAUGAGGCAUCUGGCUGUCAUUACGGCGCGCUCACGUGUGGCAGCUGCAAAGUUUUCUUUAAAAGAGCUGCAGAAGGUAAGCAGAAAUACCUUUGUGCAAGCAAAAACGACUGCACCAUCGACAAGCUAAGAAGGAAGAACUGCCCCUCUUGUCGACUGAAGAAGUGCUUCGAAGCAGGGAUGACACUUGGAGCAAGAAAACUAAAGAAGAUUGGACAACAGAAGAGCCCAGAAGAAGAUCAUCCUGUACAGGAAGCAGCAGAAGUACCUCCCAACAUGUCUCCUAAAUCAGGUCCGAACAUGAACUCCCAGAUGGUCUUCCUGAACAUCCUUGAGUCCAUUGAGCCUGAGGUGGUUAACGCCGGACAUGACUGCGGCCAACCAGACUCAGCUGCUGGCUUGCUCACCAGCCUGAAUGAACUGGGGGAGAGACAGCUGGUCAAAGUGGUCAAAUGGGCUAAGGGAUUACCAGGUUUCAGAAAUCUCCAUGUGGAUGACCAGAUGACUGUCAUCCAGCAGUCGUGGAUGGGGGUGAUGGUCUUUGCUCUGGUAUGGAGGUCCUACAAGAACGUCAAUGGCAGGAUGCUUUACUUUGCUCCUGACCUUGUCUUUAACGAACAUCGGAUGCAGAUCUCCACCAUGUAUGAGCACUGCAUGCGGAUGAGACAUCUGUCCCAGGAGUUUGUGCUGCUGCAGAUUACACAGGAGGAGUUCCUCUGCAUGAAGGCCCUGCUACUCUUCAGUAUCAUUCCGGUGGAAGGUUUGAAAAGCCAGAAAUACUUUGACGAACUGCGGCUCACCUAUAUAAAUGAACUGGAUCGCCUCAUCAAUUACCAGAUGACCACAAACUGUCCUCAAAGGUUCUACCAGCUGACUAGGAUCCUGGACUCUCUUCAGAUGACCGUAAAGAAGCUCCAUCAAUUUACCUUUGACCUGUUUGUUCAGGCUCAGUCGCUUCACACCAAGGUCAGCUUUCCUGAGAUGAUCGGGGAGAUCAUUUCUGUGCAUGUUCCAAAGAUCCUCGCAGGUUUGGCCAAACCCAUCCUGUUCCACAAGUAGAAGGAGUGUUUUGUUUUUUUCUCUUUUCAUCUAAAAAAAUGAAUUAAGUGCCGCCUUCAUGAACUUUAACAAAGGCUGUGAACUGUUCCCCAACAUCUUCGCUCUGAUUGUUUUCAGGCCUGUCCUGUUAACGCUGUUAAGGUUUUUUUUGGGGGGGGUAUUUUUGCUUCACAUUUUGUACAUAAUAUUUUUUUUCUGAACUGUUCUGGCUUUUAUCUAACGAGCUGAAAAACCUCAUCUCCUGACAGCUCACCAGUUUGUAAUUGGAGUUUGCGUCUUCUACAUAUGGAGAAAAUAUGCUGUUUCAGAUGGUUGUUUUAAAAUGAGAUUAGUCACAAAGUUAAAAAAAAACAAAAAAAACAUCAACACUGAGCUUUUUUACUAGUAAUACGAAUCAGAAUAUAUAUCCCAACAGGAAACUGGUUUAUAAAUGAUACAAACAUUAAUACCAGGCAAAAAAUAUGUAUAAAAAUAACAAAUCAACCUUCUUUUGUUGCAGCCAACCAUCAAAACCUUGUUCAUAAUCCAAUAAUUAUUUUAAAGUGCCACACUUGCUCCUUAUACCUCAUGCAACCUCUGUUGACAAUAGAAGAUUCCUUUUUUUAUUUCUGACAUACAAUUUAUGUUACUAACAUGCUUAAAGACUCAGUGAAGAAAUGUUUUAAUAUUCCUGGUAGAACCCACCAAUGUUAAUAGCAAAUAACAACCCCCCCGGACCCUACCCCCCACACCCACCCCACACACACACACAGACACACACAGGAUCAGUUAUUGCACAUUUUUGUCAUUUGUUUCACACAAACUUUUGUCUGGAAUAAGCUUUUAUUUUUUUGCCAUGUUGAAGUGAUGGUAGAUAUUAGCCAAUUCAAAAUUAUUAGUCUUUUUUUUUUAAUUAACAAAUGGUCCAUUUGACUAUUGCUUGUUAUGUUGACCUUGUCAGCUUAAGAUGCCGCUCUAAAGAGCUUUAGAGCUCUUCUGACAUUCACAUCUGUUAAAUACAAUAGUAACAUAAACUUCAGAUCUUGUUUGGCUCACAUUAGAUCGUCUUACUUCCAAAUAAACUCAUUGGUAUCCCCUUCCCAUCUGUGAUUCACCAUCUUUAGAGUACUUCACAUUGUUUUUCUUUCCUUUUCCUAAAUUUUAUUGCAUUAGAUAGGGAUAAACGCGUAAUAAACAAGUCAGCAUUUCUUUUCCACAAAUACUUUAGGUUUUACAGCAUUUUAAACACAGGAUUUUUUUUUUUGCCCCACAUGUUCAUGGUUGUUAUUCUUGAGAUCUGUCACGUCUUAUUCGGAUGUCAUCAGGAGACAUCAGAGGUUAUGACCGUUAGCCUCGAAAUGAUUCAGUCUAAAUUUGCCGUUGUUGAGGUUGUCAUGGUUUGGUUGUGGCUAGAGGACCGAAAUGCAGAGGCAGGGAGGCAGAGGUGAGUUUCUUGUGGAUUUAAUGAAGUGUUAACAAACAACUGAGGCAGGUAUCCAAAAAUCAAACGUGAAAAAAGUCAAACAAACCAGAAACCAUGGAGACAUCAGGGGAAAAACAAUCACGGCGAGGAAUACUCAGAGAGACUGAGUUGGAGGAAGUUAGAUGAGGAACCAGCACUCAAGAACUGCACAGAGAUUGUAUUUAUGGGAGACUGAAACAAAGAGAGGGCUGACGAGCAGAUUGGGAGCAGGUGUGAACAGAGCAGAAAAGGA